AUGGCUAGUCUUCUUGACAACAUUAUUUCAAUCAUCAACUUAUUCCAUCAAUAUUCAAAAAAAUAUAAGGAUACUGAAUCAUUGAACGAAAAGGAACUGAAGGAGCUGCUGGAAGUAGAGUUUCGGCCUAUCUUGAAGAAUCCAGACGACCCAGACACCGCGGACGUCUUCAUGCAUAUCCUAGAUAUAGACCACAACAAUGAAAUAAAUUUCACAGAAUUUUUUCUAAUGGUAUUCAAGUUGGCACAAGCAUACUAUGAUUCAACAAGGAAACAGAAUUUUGAAACACUAGAUAAGAAAAAGAAAAGAUAUAGGGAUACUAUUCAAGAUGAAGAAGACGAAAUACAAGAAGAAGAAAUACCCAGAAGACACUCAAAAAUAGAAAUUACAAGAAAUGAGACACUGAUUAAUCAGGAAAUUCAAGGAUCAGAUUCCAGUUACAACAGCGAGGAAGAAUGGAACUCAGAAAGAGCAGAAUCAUUGUUCUCCCAAGAGACAGAUAAGACAUCGCACAGAGGCCAGGACAAAAAGACUGAAGCUGCGCAGAAACACUCAGUUACCGGCACCACCAGAGGACAGGGCACCGGGCGCGGACAGUCCACAGACAGCCCCAGGAGAUCGGGCUCCCGGCACGCCGAGACCUCCUCUCGCGGACACAGUGGGCAGACCAGGACCAGCGCACACGGCGGCCAGCACGAGCAGGCUGCCGACGGCUCCCGGCGCAAGGCCGCUGCCCGUGGACAGUCGCCCGCGGGCUCCAGCACAGAGAGACCCCGCGCUUCUGCCGCUAGCCCCCAGGCCAGCGACAGCGAAGCCUCCUCCGACGAGUCCUCGCACACCGCCGGCCGCUCUGGCUCCACCUCCGCCAGCCAACACGCUUCCACACGCGGCCAGGCCUCGGACAGCUCCAGGCACGCGGGCUCCCGGCAUGGCCAGACGUCCACACGCACGCAGGCCGACUCUACCCACACACACUCGGGCUCCGGCACCAGGGAAGCUCAGGGCCGCCGCCACCAGCCCUCCGCAGACUCCCCCAGGCAGGCGGGCACCACGCAGCGCCACAGUUCUUCUGCAGCCCAGGGCAGCCGGCAACGUGACUCCAGCGACAGCCAGGACAGCGAGGCCGAGGCCCCGUCCCAGCACGCCGAUGGCCAGACCCGGGGCACCCACACAAGCCCCAGGACCACGCACGAGGGCCAACGCGAAGCCACCCAGGGCCGCUCACGCGACCAGACCGGACACUCGGGGGCCCACUUCUACCUGAUUUCCUCCCACGAGGACCAGGAAGCUGAACAAGGCCAGUCCAAGGCCAGGAGCAGCGGGAGACAGGGCUCGCGCCACCAGCAGGAGUCCGACAGCACCAGGCAGGCAGGGUCCAGCGGGAGACGCACCGAGGCGGCCCACGGCCACUCUGGAGCCGGCACGGGCACGAGACACGGCUCCCAGCACGAGCAGGCAAGAGACAGCUCCAGGCCCAGCAGAAGCCGGGGCUCCAGCGUCAGCCAGGACAGCGACAGCGAGGGCCACUCCCAGCAGUCCGAGAGGCCCUCGGGCCGCACCUCCCAGGGCCACCGCCAGUCGGGCGACAGCGCCAGGCAGUCUGGGGCCCAGGGAGGACAGAGAGCCCAGCGCCACCAGACUGACGCUGCCCAGGGACACUCAGGCAUGGGCACCGCCAGAGGACAGGGCACCGGGCGCGGACAGUCCACAGACAGCCCCAGGAGAUCGGGCUCCCAGCACGCCGAGACCUCCUCUCGCGGACACAGUGGGCAGACCAGGACCAGCGCACACGGCGGCCAGCACGAGCAGGCUGCCGACGACUCCCGGCGCAAGACCGCUGCCCAGGGACAGUCGCCCGCGGGCUCCAGCACAGAGAGGCCCCGUGCUUCCGCCGCCAGCCAGCAGGCCAGCGACAGCGAAGGCUCCUCAGAGGAGUCCUCGCACACUGCUGGCAGGUCUGGCUCCACCUCCGCCAGCCAACACGCUUCCACGCGCAGCCAGGCCUCGGACAGCUCCAGGCACGCGGGUUCCCGGCAAGGCCAGACGUCCACACGCACGCAGGCCGACUCUGCCCGCACACACUCAGGCACCGGCACCAGGGAAGCUCAGGGCCGCCGCCACCAGUCCUCCGCAGACUCCGCCAGGCACGCGGGCACCGCACAGGGCCACAGCUCCUCUGAGGCCCAGGGCGGCCGGCAACGUGCCUCCAGUGCCAGCCAGGACAGCGAGGCCGAGGCCCCAUCCCAGCACGCAGAUGGCCAGACCCGGGGCGCCCACAGAAGCCCCAGGACCUCGCACGAGGGCCAACGCGAAGCCACCCAGGGCCGCUCACGCGACCAGUCCGGACACUCGGGGGCCCACUUCUACCUGAUUUCCUCCCACGAGGACCAGGAAGCUGAACAAGGCCAGUCCAAGGCCAGGACCAGCGGGAGACAGGGCUCGCGCCACCAGCAAGAGUCCGACAGCACCAGGCAGGCAGGGUCCAGCGGGAGACGCACCGAGGCGGCCCACGGCCACUCUGGAGCCGACACGGGCACGAGACACGGCUCCCAGCACGAGCAGGCAAGAGACAGCUCCAGGCCCAGCAGAAGCCGGGGCUCCAGCGUCAGCCAGGACAGCGACAGCGAGGGCCACUCCCAGCAGUCCGAGAGGCCCUCGGGCCGCACCUCCCAGGGCCACCGCCAGUCGGGCGACAGCGCCAGGCAGUCUGGGGCCCAGGGAGGACAGAGAGCCCAGCGCCACCAGACUGACGCUGCCCAGGGACACUCAGGCACGGGCACCGCCAGAGGACAGGGCACCGGGCGCGGACAGUCCACAGACAGCCCCAGGAGAUCGGGCUCCCGGCACGCCGAGACCUCCUCUCGCGGACACAGUGGGCAGACCAGGACCAGCGCACACGGCGGCCAGAACGAGCAGGCUGCCGACGGCUCCCGGCGCAAGGCCGCUGCCCGUGGACAGUCGCCCGCGGGCUCCAGCACAGAGAGACCCCGCGCUUCUGCCGCUAGCCCCCAGGCCAGCGACAGCGAAGCCUCCUCCGACGAGUCCUCGCACACCGCCGGCCGCUCUGGCUCCACCUCCGCCAGCCAACACGCUUCCACACGCGGCCAGGCCUCGGACAGCUCCAGGCACGCGGGCUCCCGGCAUGGCCAGACGUCCACACGCACGCAGGCCGACUCUGCCCACACACACUCGGGCUCCGGCACCAGGGAAGCUCAGGGCCGCCGCCACCAGCCCUCCGCAGACCCCCCCAGGCAGGCGGGCACCACGCAGCGCCACAGUUCUUCUGCAGCCCAGGGCAGCCGGCAACGCGGCUCCAGCGCCAGCCAGGACAGCGAGGCCGAGGCCCCGUCCCAGCACGCCGAUGGCCAGACCCGGGGCACCCACACAAGCCCCAGGACCACGCACGAGGGCCAACGCGAAGCCACCCAGGGCCGCUCACGCGACCAGUCCGUACACUCGGGGGCCCACUUCUACCUGAUUUCCUCCCACGAGGACCAGGAAGCUGAACAAGGCCAGUCCAAGGCCAGGACCAGCGGGAGACAGGGCUCGCGCCACCAGCAGGAGUCCGACAGCACCAGGCAGGCAGGGUCCAGCGGGAGACGCACCGAGGCGGCCCACGGCCACUCUGGAGCCGGCACGGGCACGAGACACGGCUCCCAGCACGAGCAGGCAAGAGACAGCUCCAGGCCCAGCAGAAGCCGGGGCUCCAGCGUCAGCCAGGACAGCGACAGCGAGGGCCACUCCCAGCAGUCCGAGAGGCCCUCGGGCCGCACCUCCCAGGGCCACCGCCAGUCGGGCGACAGCGCCAGGCAGUCUGGGGCCCAGGGAGGACAGAGAGCCCAGCGCCACCAGACUGACGCUGCCCAGGGACACUCAGGCACGGGCACCGCCAGAGGACAGGGCACCGGGCGCGGACAGUCCACAGACAGCCCCAGGAGAUCGGGCUCCCGGCACGCCGAGACCUCCUCUCGCGGACACAGUGGGCAGACCAGGACCAGCGCACACGGCGGCCAGCACGAGCAGGCUGCCGACGGCUCCCGGCGCAAGACCGCUGCCCGUGGACAGUCGCCCGCGGGCUCCAGCACUGAGAGGCCCCGUGCUUCCGCCGCCAGCCAGCAGGCCAGCGACAGCGAAGGCUCCUCAGAGGAGUCCUCGCACACUGCUGGCAGGUCUGGCUCCACCUCCGCCAGCCAACACGCUUCCACGCGCAGCCAGGCCUCGGACAGCUCCAGGCACGCGGGUUCCCGGCAAGGCCAGAUGUCCACACGCACGCAGGCCGACUCUGCCCACACACACUCGGGCUCCGGCACCAGGGAAGCUCAGGGCCGCCGCCACCAGUCCUCCGCAGACUCCGCCAGGCACGCGGGCACCGCACAGGGCCACAGCUCCUCUGAGGCCCAGGGCGGCCGGCAACGUGCCUCCAGUGCCAGCCAGGACAGCGAGGCCGAGGCCCCAUCCCAGCACGCAGAUGGCCAGACCCGGGGCGCCCACAGAAGCCCCAGGACCUCGCACGAGGGCCAACGCGAAGCCACCCAGGGCCACUCACGCGACCAGUCCGGACACUCGGGGGCCCACUUCUACCUGAUUUCCUCCCACGAGGACCAGGAAGCUAAACAAGGCCAGUCCAAGGCCAGGACCAGCGGGAGACAGGGCUCGCGCCACCAGCAAGAGUCCGACAGCACCAGGCAGGCAGGGUCCAGCGGGAGACGCACCGAGGCGGCCCACGGCCACUCUGGAGCCGGCACGGGCACGAGACACGGCUCCCAGCACGAGCAGGCAAGAGACAGCUCCAGGCCCAGCAGAAGCCGGGGCUCCAGCGUCAGCCAGGACAGCGACAGCGAGGGCCACUCCCAGCAGUCCGAGAGGCCCUCGGGCCGCACCUCCCAGGGCCACCGCCAGUCGGGCGACAGCGCCAGGCAGUCUGGGGCCCAGGGAGGACAGAGAGCCCAGCGCCACCAGACUGAUGCUGCCCAGGGACACUCAGGCACGGGCACCGCCAGAGGACAGGGCACCGGGCGCGGACAGUCCACAGACAGCCCCAGGAGAUCGGGCUCCCGGCACGCCGAGACCUCCUCUCGCGGGCACAGCGGGCAGACCAGAACCAGCGCACACGGCGGCCAGAACGAGCAGGCUGCCGACGGCUCCCGGCGCAAGGCCGCUGCCCGUGGACAGUCGCCCGCAGGCUCCAGCACAGAGAGACCCCGUGCUUCCGCCGCCAGCCAGCAGGCCAGCGACAGCGAAGGCUCCUCAGAGGAGUCCUCGCACACUGCUGGCAGGUCUGGCUCCACCUCCGCCAGCCAACACGCUUCCACGCGCAGCCAGGCCUCGGACAGCUCCAGGCACGCGGGUUCCCGGCAAGGCCAGACGUCCACACGCACGCAGGCCGACUCUGCCCGCACACACUCAGGCACCGGCACCAGGGAAGCUCAGGGCCGCCGCCACCAGUCCUCCGCAGACUCCGCCAGGCACGCGGGCACCGCACAGGGCCACAGCUCCUCUGAGGCCCAGGGCGGCCGGCAACGUGCCUCCAGUGCCAGCCAGGACAGCGAGGCCGAGGCCCCAUCCCAGCACGCAGAUGGCCAGACCCGGGGCGCCCACAGAAGCCCCAGGACCUCGCACGAGGGCCAACGCGAAGCCACCCAGGGCCGCUCACGCGACCAGUCCGGACACUCGGGGGCCCACUUCUACCUGAUUUCCUCCCACGAGGACCAGGAAGCUGAACAAGGCCAGUCCAAGGCCAGGACCAGCGGGAGACAGGGCUCGCGCCACCAGCAAGAGUCCGACAGCACCAGGCAGGCAGGGUCCAGCGGGAGACGCACCGAGGCGGCCCACGGCCACUCUGGAGCCGGCACGGGCACGAGACACGGCUCCCAGCACGAGCAGGCAAGAGACAGCUCCAGGCCCAGCAGAAGCCGGGGCUCCAGCGUCAGCCAGGACAGCGACAGCGAGGGCCACUCCCAGCAGUCCGAGAGGCCCUCGGGCCGCACCUCCCAGGGCCACCGCCAGUCGGGCGACAGCGCCAGGCAGUCUGGGGCCCAGGGAGGACAGAGAGCCCAGCGCCACCAGACUGAUGCUGCCCAGGGACACUCAGGCACGGGCACCGCCAGAGGACAGGGCACCGGGCGCGGACAGUCCACAGACAGCCCCAGGAGAUCGGGCUCCCGGCACGCCGAGACCUCCUCUCGCGGGCACAGCGGGCAGACCAGAACCAGCGCACACGGCGGCCAGAACGAGCAGGCUGCCGACGGCUCCCGGCGCAAGGCCGCUGCCCGUGGACAGUCGCCCGCAGGCUCCAGCACAGAGAGACCCCGUGCUUCCGCCGCCAGCCAGCAGGCCAGCGACAGCGAAGGCUCCUCAGAGGAGUCCUCGCACACUGCUGGCAGGUCUGGCUCCACCUCCGCCAGCCAACACGCUUCCACGCGCAGCCAGGCCUCGGACAGCUCCAGGCACGCGGGUUCCCGGCAAGGCCAGACGUCCACACGCACGCAGGCCGACUCUGCCCGCACACACUCAGGCACCGGCACCAGGGAAGCUCAGGGCCGCCGCCACCAGUCCUCCGCAGACUCCGCCAGGCACGCGGGCACCGCACAGGGCCACAGCUCCUCUGAGGCCCAGGGCGGCCGGCAACGUGCCUCCAGUGCCAGCCAGGACAGCGAGGCCGAGGCCCCAUCCCAGCACGCAGAUGGCCAGACCCGGGGCGCCCACAGAAGCCCCAGGACCUCGCACGAGGGCCAACGCGAAGCCACCCAGGGCCGCUCACGCGACCAGUCCGGACACUCGGGGGCCCACUUCUACCUGAUUUCCUCCCACGAGGACCAGGAAGCUGAACAAGGCCAGUCCAAGGCCAGGACCAGCGGGAGACAGGGCUCGCGCCACCAGCAAGAGUCCGACAGCACCAGGCAGGCAGGGUCCAGCGGGAGACGCACCGAGGCGGCCCACGGCCACUCUGGAGCCGGCACGGGCACGAGACACGGCUCCCAGCACGAGCAGGCAAGAGACAGCUCCAGGCCCAGCAGAAGCCGGGGCUCCAGCGUCAGCCAGGACAGCGACAGCGAGGGCCACUCCCAGCAGUCCGAGAGGCCCUCGGGCCGCACCUCCCAGGGCCACCGCCAGUCGGGCGACAGCGCCAGGCAGUCUGGGGCCCAGGGAGGACAGAGAGCCCAGCGCCACCAGACUGAUGCUGCCCAGGGACACUCAGGCACGGGCACCGCCAGAGGACAGGGCACCGGGCGCGGACAGUCCACAGACAGCCCCAGGAGAUCGGGCUCCCGGCACGCCGAGACCUCCUCUCGCGGGCACAGUGGGCAGACCAGAACCAGCGCACACGGCGGCCAGAACGAGCAGGCUGCCGACGGCUCCCGGCGCAAGGCCGCUGCCCGUGGACAGUCGCCCGCAGGCUCCAGCACAGAGAGACCCCGUGCUUCCGCCGCCAGCCAGCAGGCCAGCGACAGCGAAGGCUCCUCAGAGGAGUCCUCGCACACUGCUGGCAGGUCUGGCUCCACCUCCGCCAGCCAACACGCUUCCACGCGCAGCCAGGCCUCGGACAGCUCCAGGCACGCGGGUUCCCGGCAAGGCCAGACGUCCACACGCACGCAGGCCGACUCGGCCCACACACACUCAGGCACCGGCACCAGGGAAGCUCAGGGCCGCCGCCACCAGUCCUCCGCAGACUCCGCCAGGCACGCGGGCACCGCACAGGGCCACAGCUCCUCUGGGGCCCAGGGCGUCCGGCAACGUGCCUCCAGUGCCAGCCAGGACAGCGAGGCCGAGGCCCCAUCCCAGCACGCAGAUGGCCAGACCCGGGGCGCCCACAGAAGCCCCAGGACCUCGCACGAGGGCCAACGCGAAGCCACCCAGGGCCGCUCACGCGACCAGUCCGGACACUCGGGGGCCCACUUCUACCUGAUUUCCUCCCACGAGGACCAGGAAGCUGAACAAGGCCAGUCCAAGGCCAGGACCAGCGGGAGACAGGGCUCGCGCCACCAGCAAGUGUCCGACAGCACCAGACAGGCAGGGUCCAGCGGGAGACGCACCGAGGCGGCCCACGGCCACUCUGGAGCCGGCACGGGCACGAGACACGGCUCCCAGCACGAGCAGGCAAGAGACAGCUCCAGGCCCAGCAGAAGCCGGGGCUCCAGCGUCAGCCAGGACAGCGACAGCGAGGGCCACUCCCAGCAGUCCGAGAGGCCCUCGGGCCGCACCUCCCAGGGCCACCGCCAGUCGGGCGACAGCGCCAGGCAGUCUGGGGCCCAGGGAGGACAGAGAGCCCAGCGCCACCAGACUGACGCUGCCCAGGGACACUCAGGCACGGGCACCGCCAGAGGACAGGGCACCGGGCGCGGACAGUCCACAGACAGCCCCAGGAGAUCGGGCUCCCGACACGCCGAGACCUCCUCUCGCGGGCACAGUGGGCAGGCCAGGACCAGCGCACACGGCGGCCAGCACGAGCAGGCUGCCGACGGCUCCCGGCGCAAGGCCGCUGCCCGUGGACAGUCGCCCGCGGGCUCCAGCACCGAGAGACCCCGUGCUUCCACCACCAGCCACCAGGCCAGCGACAGCGAAGGCUCCUCAGAGGGGUCCUCGCACACCGCUGGCAGGUCUGGCUCCACCUCCGCCAGCCAACACGCUUCCACACGCGGUCCGGCCUCGGACAGCUCCAGGCACACGGGCUCCCGGCAUGGCCAGACGUCCACACGCACGCAGGCCGACUCUGCCCACACACACUCAGGCACCGGCACCAGGGAAGCUCAGGGCCGCCGCCACCAGUCCUCCGCAGACUCCCCCAGGCACACGGGCACUGCUCAGGGCCACAGUUCUUCUGCAGCCCAGGGCAGCCGGCAACGCGCCUCCAGCACCAGCCAGGAUAGUGAGGCCGAGGCCCAGUCCCAGCACUCAGAUGGCCAGGCAGGCUCAAAUGAUGACCACGUUGGUUUAGUUUCACAGAAACACAGGGUUAGGUAUUCUCAUAAUUCCUCUACUCAUAGUCAAAUCUUAGAUUCUCCUGAGAAUUCUAAACAGUUGGAAUUUACUCAGUAUGAAGUAUACUACUACUCUGAUUAA